GAAUCUGUUCACUACAUAGUACAUCACAAGAGAAAUAUUUGGGUAAGAUAAUUUAAACUCGUCUCUAAGGUGGGGUUGAGUGUACGGUACCUAUUGUAGACUACAGAGAUUGCUACCUUGGUUGUUAUGGUAGCUGCUCCAAAUAUUAGCCAAUGAAAGCUUCUUUCGCUGAACAUUCAGCCAAUAAGCACCACUGUCGACCGUAUAAAAGGGGCGGCUCUUCCUUUGCGUUUUCAGUGUGCUGGAUUCCACCGAAACAACUCCAUUGUUCAUAAUGAAGACAAUAAUCCUCUUCGUGUUAACGACUGCUGUCUGGGCCGAGGAGUUAUACGUCAAGAAUGAGGGAACACCUGUUAUUUUUGGUGUGGGCAGUGAUGGCGACCAUAUCAUGGUUAGAUCACCGGGUGUGUUGAGGUCUACAAGCCCUCAAAGCCCUUCAGGCCAGACUCUUCAGGGCCAACAUCAAGGGCAAUUUUUCACUUCGGGCCAGCCUUCCUCUGGCCAACGUCUAGGACAAGUCUUUACUUCGGGCCAGCCUUCCCCUGGCCAACGUCUAGGACAAUUCCUUUCAAGUCAAAGUAAACCAACUCGUGUCUUAUCUCAACAGACCAUCUUGCCACAGAAUCGGUUUUGUGAUCAUGCUCGCAGACCUAUCGUCGAUGAGGUGUUCCAGGGUAGGGCAUACCACUUCUCCUGGUGCCAUAAUGGCGGCCGAUCCUACACAUGGUACGAUGCCAGCCAUCAUUGUCAGAGGCUGGGCAACGGCUUCCAGGCCGUUAGUAUAGAGCACCCGAACGAAGACAACUUCGUGGCUGGAGUUCUUAGAACAUACCAAAUGAGGGACAUCUGGACAAGCGGCACUAAGUUGGGCUCUUACCAGUGGUACUGGGAGACGGGUGUCUCCACUGGUUACACAAACUGGUCUAACACCGGCAGACUUGGAAGAAGUCAACCAGACAACGCAGACGGUAACGAGCAGUGCCUGGCUGUGGUGAACAGCCUAGGCGUCGGGUGGCACGACUCGCGCUGCAACACUCUCCGACCUGUAAUCUGUGAGACCGAGGCGUUCUACAGGCAGUAAUUCUGUAACGCAAUAUUAAUAGCCUUCGUAAUACAAGGUCUAGAUAAAUUGUAUACAUAUGCUUAAUUUUUAAUAAAGUCUUGCCUCUCA